AUGUCUGCGUAACAGGUAAUGUCUUUUAUGCGAAACCCUAGAUUCAAAAGUCUUCUUCUCAAUUGGGUAUCACAAGCUUUUGCAGAAACCCCUUUAAAACCCCAACUUUCUAGAAACCCUAGAUUUUUCGCCACCCAAAGAGCACUCGUCGAUGCUGAAGUUUCCGGCGAGAAAUGGGGUCUUAGAACUCGAAACGAGAUUCGUAAAGUGGCUCAAGUUGCGAUGUUUGAUUACUUUUAUCAAACGAGAGGUUUGCAGUUUCUGGUUGCUGAGAGUAUGAGUAAGAAUGCUCCUGUUUUUAAUGAUAAUCUUUUGAAGAAGCUUAAUGGUUGUGAUGUUGAUGUUGAUGAUGAUGAUGAUAUAGUUAAAGCUAUUACUAGGUUUCUAUGGUUUCAUCCUGUUAAUGAAUUUGAGCCCUUUUUAGAGAGUUUAGGUUUGAAGCCGUCAGAGUUUAGUCAUUUGAUUCCUUGUGAUAAGAUGUUUUUGAAUGAAGAUGCUUUUUUGCUGGAGAACUAUCAUGUCUUUUGGAACUAUGGAAUUGGAAGGGAGAAGAUGGGGAAGAUCUUUAAGGAAGCUAGGGAAGUUUUCGGGUAUGAAACCGGGGUUUUAGCUUCCAAGAUUAAGUCUUAUGAGGAUUUGGGGUUUAGCAAAUUGUUUCUAUCGAAACUUAUAGUUUGUAGCCCAAGUAUCUUGAUUGGGGAUAUGAAUGUUGGACUGGCUAAGGUCAUGGAGAUGCUGAAAGCUAUUGGUUUUGGUGUUGAUUGGGUAACAGAGAACUUGUCAGAGGAGGUGUCUUAUGAUUGGAGCUCUAUGCAUAGAUGUCUAAGUUUUCUUAGAGAUUUGUAUGUUGAUGAAAAUGAGCUAUGUGAGUUAAUCAGAAAGAUGCCAAGACUUAUUUUCGAGGAUUCAGGGGAAUGGACAUUGAUUCUAGCUGGGUUUGAAGCAAAACUAGGGUCAUCCAGAAGUGAACUCUCUUCGUUGUUUCAGAAAUUCCCUCAGUGUCAGAGUUUAGGUAAAUUUGUUUUGAAUUUAAGGCAUUGCUUCUUGUUUCUGAAAGAUAUUGAGAUGGAUGAUGACGAGAUCGGUAAGAUUUUCCGUUUGCACUCUUUGUGGAUUGGUGUAUCUCGUUUGAAGCAAACCAGUACCUUACUUAUCAAUUUGAAGGGUGGGAAAGGGCGGCUAUGUCAAGUCAUUCAAGAAAAUCCAGAAGAGAUGAAAAAAUGGAUUAUGGGGUUAAGAGUCCAGCCAUUACCAGCUACUGGAUACAAGGUAAACACAAAGUCGAAAACAAUGAAGACUCAGUUCUUGUUAGACCUCGGAUACAAAGAAAACUCUGAGGAAAUGGAGAGAGCACUCAAGAAUUUCCGUGGCAAAGGAUCUGAACUCCGAGAGAGAUUUAAUGUCCUCGUGAGUUUCGGUCUUACUGAGAAAGAUGUCAAAGAUAUGGUGAAAGCAUGUCCUAGUAUCCUCACCCAGGCAUGUGAUAUCUUAGAAUCAAAGGUGAACUACCUUGUAAAGGAAUUAGGUUAUCCGCUUUCGACAUUGGUGACUUUCCCAACAUGUCUUAAGUACACUCUUCAGCGGAUGAAGCUUCGAUUUUCAAUGUUCUCUUGGCUUCAAGAUCGAGGAAAAGCAGACCCAAAGCUUCAAGUUAGUACUAUACUUGUGUGCUCGGACAAGUUCUUUGCCACUAGAUUUGUAAACCGUCACCCCGAUGGGCCUAAGCAUUUGGAAGACCUGAAGAAACUACUUGUGUGUUAG